AUACCUCUAUUAACGGCCUUGGCCUUAUCUAAACCUUUUUCAAUUAAAAAAGAAAUGAAAAAACACUUACUAUAUCUGGAAUCUGGAUAAAGACAUGAACCGAAAGUUCCGUCACUGUCCAAAAAUCAUGAGCUAGAUGCAGAGACAGAAACAUGGCUAACCAAAACAGAGAAGAGGUUGUAUGCGUAACCGGAGCAAACGGUUUCAUCGGUUCAUGGCUAGUUCAAACCCUAUUACACAAACAAAACCCACACUACAAAAUCCACGCCACAAUCUUCCCUGGUUCCGAUCCUUCCCACCUCUUCACACUCCACCCCGAAGCCCAAUCCCGCAUCACCAUCUUCCCCGUCAACAUCCUCGACUCCGCCGCCGUAUCAGCCGCCAUCCAAAACUGCUCCGGCGUCUUCCACGUCGCCUCCCCAUGCACACUCGAAGACCCAACCGAUCCACAAAAGGAACUUCUCGAACCCGCUCUACACGGAACGCUAAACGUUCUAGAAGCAUCCAAGCGCGCGGGUGUGAAGCGCGUGGUUCUCACUUCCUCCAUUUCUGCCAUGGUGCCAAACCCUAACUGGCCGGAAAACAAACCGAUCGACGAAUCUUCGUGGACGGACGUUGAGUACUGUUCGUCGAGAGGGAAGUGGUAUCCGGUAUCGAAAACAGAGGCGGAGAAGGCCGCGUGGGAGUUUUGCGAGAAGAACGACGCCACCAUCGACGUGGUGGCGAUUCAUCCGGGGACUUGUUUGGGAGCGUUGCUUCAGAAGGAGAUGAAUGCGAGUUCUGCUGUUUUGCAGAGGUUGAUGAUGGGGUUUGAGGAUACGCAGGAGUGUUAUUGGUUGGGUGCUGUUCAUGUGAAAGAUGUUGCUAGUGCUCAUGUUUUGGUUUAUGAAACUCCAACUGCUGCUGGUAGAUAUCUUUGUACUAAUGGUAUCUAUCAGUUUUCUAGUUUUGCCAAAAUUGUUUCUGAAUUGUACCCUCAUUUUCCUAUUCACAGUUUCCCUGAUGAAACUCAGCCUGGUUUGACACCAUGUAAAGAUGCAGCAAAGAGGCUAAUAGACUUGGGCCUAGUCUUCACACCCAUUCAAGAUGCUAUUACAGAAGCAGCUGAAAGCCUUAUGGCUAAAGGAUUCCUGCAGAGAACACCCUCAGCCUCUCAGAAUUAGAAUUACAGUUCAUUUAGAUCUUCUCUCGAGGAUAAAUAGUCUUAGUUUUUCCCCUUCUCUCAUUUAAGGUAUAAGCAAUAAUAAAUGUAAUUAUUUAAUGUAUAAGCAAUAAUGAAUGUAAUUAUAUUACACUAUGUUUAUCUAGUAAAUAAUCUCUUUAUCCUCA